GAAGCGCCUAUAAAUACUGAUUCCUAUGCACAUGGCCUCUCAGAAAUUCUUCAGCUCUCAGAGCACACUAAGAUUAAAAAGGAACAUCCAACCUCAUCACCAUGAACCAAAAUGCUAUUCUUUGUAUAACUCUCCUCUUUUGCUGGCUGUUACUUAUUCCUCCUAAGACUCAAGGAUCCCCACUAACAAGAAAUAUACGUUGUCGGUGCAUCAAGUCUCAUGGUGUUAUCCCCAAUGUGAAAUCCUUACAAAAACUUGAAAUAAUUCCUGCAAGUUCUUCAUGUCCACAUACUGAGAUCAUUGCCACAAUGAAGAGAACCCAGGAACAAAGAUGUCUGAACCCUGACUCCAAGAAAAUAAAGGAUUUAAUCAAAUUUAUUAACAAGAAAAAGUCUAGAGACGCUUCUAAUCAGAAGUAAAGAUUGCCAAGCAACUCAUGAAAUGAUGGACUAGAAUGUGACCGAAUAUGGCUCUUCUCCUUCAUGACAAUAACUCUUGUUACCAUAUAAAUUAAAAUUCAGCAUUUACAUAUGUUUUAAAGUUUACAAAAUACUUUACAUGUUAUAUCAUUUGAUCCUCACAAUAACCCUGUGAGGUAGGUGCUAUUAUUAUUAUACAAAAGAAGCUAUUUAGGUUGAGAUUAAGGGACUUGCUCAGUGUCAUAUUGCUAGUGAACAAUUGAGACAGGAUUUGAAUUUGGAUCUUUCUCUCUCCAAUGGAUAUUUUAAAAAUAAAUGUUUUUGUCCAGUAUGAAAAUAAAUGGUUCAUUAUAUAGUGGAAAGUAUGCUAGACUUCAGAAUCAAAGAAAAUACUCUGUCCUGUAUGACCUGUAUAACCUUGAGAAGUGACUCUGGAACUCUCUAGAACUCUGUUUCCUCAUUUGCAAAAUGAUGAACUUAAAAACCUCUGAAUGCCUUACCAUACUAGAUCUCUGCUCUGAGCAUUCAGUUAACAGUUCUUUUCUAGCAUGAUCCCCAAAUCUCUGAGGUUAUUAUCAGUCCCUGUUCAAGACUAGCCUGUCCCUCCUCCAAUGUUCCUUUGUUGUUAAGCUGUUAUAAUAACUGGAUGACAGGAUUUCAUGAGGGGAUGAGCAAGACAUGCUAUAUGCUGCUUCUAUAUAGAUUAAAAUCCUGUUUAGUUACUAUAUACUUCUACUUUUUUUCUGAUACAGUUCCCCAUUUUGUUGUUUUUUGAACUUACACAUCAAAUAAAUGAGCAUAUAUGAUAGAACAGAAAGAAAGGAUUAUACAUUAAUCUUCAAGUAUCUGUUAUCUACUGUAUGCUUUUCUUAAAUAUAUAAUAAAUUGUUGAGUUCUAAAAUAUACUAAAUUGUUGAUAUAAUAAAAUAUAAUAAUUGUUAA